UCCCCCUAAUAAAUAACCUUACAGCAUAUAAAAAGCUUCCAAUUAUUAUCAAAGCGUAAAUAUCAAGAAAAAACACAGGGUAAAGUUGAGUGCAUAUAUAUAAAUAAUAUAUAUCUCUUUUUCUUUCUUUCAUGGCUUCUUCUUCUUCAUCAUCAUCAAAUCUAAGGAUAGUUGUUCAAAAAAAUCCUUCAGAAUCUCAACUCAAUGAAUUGGGCAUCAAAUCUUGGCCUAAAUGGGGUUGUUCUCCAGGAAAAUACCAAUUAAAAUUUGAUGCACAAGAGACAUGUUAUUUAUUGAGAGGUAAAGUGAAAGUUUCAACAAAGAAUUCAAAUGAUGAAAUAGUUGAAUUUGGAGCUGGAGAUCUUGUCAUUAUUCCAAAAGGAUUAAGUUGCACUUGGGAUGUUUCAAUUGCUGUUGAUAAACACUAUAAGUUUGAUUCAUCUUAAUUAAUUUCUAAUUAAAAUUUAGUUAAUUACUAUAUCAUUAAUUAUUUUUUCU